GAUAUACCCGGCCAGUGGAGAAUGUGUCUGAAGCUGUCACCGUUUAUUUUGAGGUGUCCAUGUCUCAGCUGGUUAAAGUGGAUGAAGUCAAUCAGAUCAUGGAAACCAACCUGUGGUUAAAACAUAUCUGGGACGAUUACAAAUUGAGAUGGGAUCCAGCUGAAUUCGGAGGCGUCGAGUCCAUCAGAGUCCCCUGUGGAAAAAUCUGGAAACCAGACAUCGUCUUGUACAACAAUGCAGUUGGUGAUUUUCAGGUGGAAGACAAGACGAGAGCUCUGCUCAAGUUUAACGGCACAGUGACCUGGAAACCGCCGGCUAUAUUCAAAAGCUCCUGCAGGAUGGAUGUCACCUAUUUCCCAUUUGACUAUCAGAAUUGCAGCAUUAAGUUUGGCUCCUGGACCUAUGACAAAGCCAAAAUUGACCUCGCCCUGAUCGGAUCCACCAUCAACCUGGACAACCUGUGGGAAAACGGCGAGUGGGUCAUCAUGGAUGCGUCAGGAUUCAAGCAUGACAUUAAGUACAACUGCUGCGAAGAAGUCUACGCAGACAUCACCUACUCGCUCUAUAUCAGGCGGUUGCCUCUGUUCUACACCGUCAACAUGAUCAUCCCUUGUCUGUUGAUCUCCUUUCUGACAGUCUUGGUUUUCUACCUUCCGUCUGAUUGCGGGGAGAAGGUAACUCUUUGCAUCUCGGUCUUACUGUCUCUCACUGUCUUUCUUCUUGUUAUCACGGAAAUUAUACCUUCCACCUCACUCGUCAUCCCUCUGAUUGGGGAGUACCUUCUGUUCACGAUGAUCUUUAUAAUCCUAUCUAUUGUUAUCACAGUGUUUGUGCUCAACGUGCAUUAUAGGACACCCAAAACCCACACCAUGCCAUCGUGGGUAAGGACAAUCUUUGUAGAAUUGCUGCCGAGAGUAAUGUUCAUGGUCAGGCCCACCAAGGACUGGGAGGCCGAGAAACCUCAACAAAUCAGGUACCCUGACUGCACAGAGCUCUUCAACCUCAACAGCCUCAGCUCCAGCUCAGAAGCAAAGUGCUCCAAAGUGAGUUCCCUCGGCCAGGAUUCCCGAUGCAAUUGUUACAGGCGCCACAUGGCGAGGAACCCAGAUGCUGGAGGCAGUGUGAUCUCCGCUUGCAGUCCAGAUUUCUUGGACUCCCUUCUCGCCAUCUCGGUCUGCCCUGAAAUCCAGCAAACCAUCGAGAACGUCAAGUACGUGGCCGAGAACAUCAAGCUGCAGAACCAAUGCAACGAGGUUGAGGAUGAUUGGAAGUACGUUGCCAUGGUAAUCGAUAGGAUUUGCCUCUGGCUCUUCAUCCUGGUGUGCGUUUCGGGCACUGUAGGUUUGUUCCUGCAGCCACUGAUGCUGGGAGCUGAAAAUACGAUUGCUGAGACCAGCGGAGGCUGAUAUGAACACAGGACCACCCCCCCACCAUCAUUCACCCCCGCGUGCGCACACAUACAUAACCAGGAGUAAAGUAGGUGGGAAAAUGUAGCUUCAAUUGUUAGGAAGAGACCUGUAACAAAACGUGCUUCUAUAUACAUUUAUAUAGCACCCUUCACUUAGGAUAAUGUGUUGGGAGCAUUCUGCAGUGGCUGGAUUGUGAAUACAUACACAGCGUAAACAAUAUAUUGCAAUUAUUUGCCAGUACAAAAUGGAAGAAAAUGAGGAAGAUAAUGUCUCGGGGUUGGAAGAAGACUGGACAGGGUCACAAUGGAAAUGACUAAUGUUUAGUUUAGUUCUAACUGCUGUAGAUCUGACCUGGGAAAUUUAAAUGCAUAUUUGUGCUGUGGGGACUGGAUUAAGAUAUUUAUACCAAGAUAUGGGAUUAUACAUGGGACUACUUGUCUUUAUAGCGCUGCAAUACAUUGGUUAAACAUGCUGAAUCGUUUGAGGAAAGGGAAGACUUUGGAAUCUUUUAUGUUUGUUUUCAUUAAUAAAAUUAUCUCAAAUUUGGAUGUCAAAAAGUGUUGUAUUUACACACAAAGUACAGUAUUCUGAAACAUGAAACAAAUUGUUUGUUCUUAAAGCACAUGCAUAACUCAAAUAGAGUUCAACAUUCCAGCUU